AGUAUUUUGUGUCUUCCUCUUUGACACACUUUCCCUCCUGAAAAUUUUCUAUAUAAACCCUAGACACUAUCCAUUUAUUCACAACUCAACUCUCCAAGCUCAUCAUUUCUUAACCUUUAUCCGAAUCUCCAAUAUUAUAGAUUUCAAUUAUAUCCAAAACUUUAAUUGAAGAUGGUUUCUACUUCCGCCUCCAUGAUUCUUUUCAUUUGUUUCAUUGCAAGUGCCAUGACUUGCUCUGUUUUUGCUACUGAUAACAAUCCUCUUCAGGAUUUCUGCGUUGCUGAUGCUAAUAACCCAGUGGUGGUUAAUGGACUAGUUUGCAAGGACCCCAAGGUGGUCACUGAAAACGACUUCUUUACCAAUGGAUUGAACGUGGCGGGUGACACUUCAUCAAAUUUAGUCGGUUCAAAUGUAACAACAGUUAAUGCUGCUCGGAUUCCUGGACUCAACACUCUCGGCAUUACUCUUGUUCGUAUCGACUUUGCACCAUGGGGAAUCAAUGCUCCCCACACACACCCUCGCGCUACUGAAAUUUUGACAGUCAUUCAAGGUACAUUGAGGGUUGGAUUUGUCACUUCGAACACGGAAAACCGUCAUAUCACCAAAGUCCUUAACGAAGGUGAUGUGUUUGUGUUCCCGCAAGGACUUAUCCAUUACCAACAGAAUAUCGGAUAUGGGAAUGCAGUAGCAAUUGCUGGUCUUAACAGCCAAAACCCUGGAGUUAUCACCAUUGCCAAUGCUGUUUUUGGCGCCAAUCAAGAUAUAUCCGCUGAUAUUCUUGCCAAGGCUUUCCAGCUAAACAAAAACACAGUCAAAGACUUGCAGAAGCGAUUUGAUUAAGAUGAUUAACGUAAUUUAUUAAAUAAAGUUGUGGCUGUUUAGUCGCUGUUUAAUUAUUGAGUAAUGCUACAUGCACAAAAUUGGGUACAUAAUUUUACACAAAAUAACAUGGCAAUCUAAGUGGGGAGUUUUAAUUGGUGCUAUUAAUGCAUGUGUAGGGGGCCCAUUCCAAUCACAAGUGAACACAUACCCAUUCUGUAAAUAUUUCUGUACCCAAUUCUGUGCAUGUAGCAUUUUCCUUAAUUUCACAUUGUUAUUUGACAUUGUUGCUUUUAAACCUUUUAUUUUGUUGCUUUGUAUUGCAAUAUGCAUGUUUUGUAUCAAGCUUGAAUAAAAACUCAGCUGUCUGAGGUUGUUUUAUUAUUUGA